AUGGAUAUUUAUCCAGAGCCUUGCCGGAUAUGUUUAUCCGUGUCCGAAUUUAAUGUAUCUUUAUCCGGUAGGUAUUGUACAAAAAGGAAUAUGAUAGCCAAAAUAUUGUUAUACCUGAAGAUUAUUAUCGCAAAAACGGACAGGCUGAAAACAAUUUGCUACAAAUGUAUGGUAAGCAUUGAACAGAUCGAUGAUUUUAUAACGACCAUAACCCAGUCUCAAAAUAAUUUCGAUAAACAUUAUUCAAGACCAAAGAGCCGUUCACCCAGCAUUAGCGUAACUUCCUUCGCUCAACAAGAAAAUAAUGCCAUUCUCAAAAUGAAACAGUCGAGUCCAUUCUUUUCCUAUUCGCCGCUAAAUAUACUUGUAAAACCAUCGAAUCAUCAGUUUUUGACCUUUGACACUCGUUUACAUAACGUUAAAAUAGAUAAUCAAAAUGAUAAUUUGCAAAUGAAUCCAGAAGCAUCGAAACACCUUUCGGUCGAUAUAUUUGAAUCUCAGUCUGACCACGAGGAUGUGGACUUAAAGCGGCCAGAUUAG